AUGAUAAAUAAUAGGUACAUCCCGAAUUUGUCUAAUUAUAAUGAAAAUAAUAAUCAACAUGCAAGCAACAAUUUUAAUAGAACAGACAUGUCCACAUUAAAAAAAUGUCAUAUGAGAGAAAAAGUAAAUAGGUUUUCUUUUUUAUUCAAAAUAGUUACUUGUACCAUUUUUAUAUGGGUGAUGCAAUAUUCUCAUGGAGACAACAAUAGUACCUCUGACGAAUCAUGGGAUAAUAAAAAUGUUAAGUCAUAUAAAAUUUUAAGUAAACGUUUCACCAGAUUAUUAGCAGAAAAUGAUGAAUUGGAUGAACUUCAUUUUCAAGCUGUAAAGGAAGGCGUCUUAGAUGACCAUAGUAGUGAUGAAUACUUAGAUGAAAUUUCAACAGGAAUUUCAGAAAAUGGAGAUACUGAAAUAAAUAAAGUUCUAUUAGAUGAGAUAGAAAAUGAAGAAGAUAUAGAAUCAGAUAUUAUAGAGCACCUAAGAAAACGAUUCAAAAAUUACAAGACUAGUGAUAAUACAGAAGCAGUUGAUGGUACUGACGAAGAAGCGAACUAUGAAAAUGUAAUAGAAAAUACAGAAAACAAUGAACCAGUGAAUAAUAACAUUUUCGGUACAGGAGAGAAUAAUCAAGAACAAGAAAAUGAGGAACAAGAACACAGCAGCAGUAUGUUCUAUAAUGUAUCUCAAUAUGGGGAAGAUGUAGAGGAAGUAAGGGAAAAUGAAGAGAAACCUAGAUCCAUAUUCGAUAAUGUAAAUGAGAAUGUAGAAGAAGUAGAAGAACCAGUUACUACGUCCAUAUUUGACAAUACAGAAGAGAAUGUGCAAGAGGAUGAUGAACCAGUUACUACGUCCAUAUUUGACAAUACAGAAGAGAAUGUGCAAGAGGAUGAUGAACCAGUUACUACUUCCAUACUUAAUAAUGCAGAAGAUGUGGAAGAAGAACCAGCUGUUAGUUCCAUAUUUGAUAAUGUAGAAGAGAAUGUAGAAAUGGAAGAACCAGCUACUUCAUCCAUAUUUGAUAACGUAGAAGAAAAUGUAGAAGUGGAAGGACCAGUUAAUACUUCCAUAUUUGAUAAUGAAGAAGAGAAUGUAGAAGAAGAACAAGUUUAUACUUCCACACGUGAUAAUGAUGAAGAGAAUGUAGAAGAAGAACAAGUUUAUACUUCCACACGUGAUAAUGAUGAAGAAAAUGUAGAAGUAGAAGAACCAGCUGUUAGUUCCACACAUGAUAAUGUAGAAGAGAAUGUAGAAAUGGAAGAACAAGAUACUACGCCCUUAUUUGAUAAUGUAGAAGAGAAUGUAGAUGAGAGUGAUGAACCAGUUACUACUUCCGCACCUGAUAAUGAAGAAGAGAAUGUAGAAGAAGAACAAGUUUAUACUUCCACACGUGAUAAUGAUGAAGAAAAUGUAGAAGUAGAAGAACCAGCUGUUAGUUCCACACAUGAUAAUGUAGAAGAGAAUGUAGAAAUGGAAGAACAAGAUACUACGCCCUUAUUUGAUAAUGUAGAAGAGAAUGUAGAUGAGAGUGAUGAACCAGUUACUACUUCCGCACCUGAUAAUGAAGAAGAGAAUGUAGAAAAUGAUGAACCAGCUACUUCAUCCAUAUUUGAUAACGUAGAAGAAAAUGUAGAAGAAGUGGAAGAACCAGUUAAUACUUCCACAUUCGAUAAUGAUGAACAAAAUGUAGAAGUAGAAGAACCAGCUGCUACUUCCACAUUUGAUAAUGAAGAGGAGAAUGUAAAAGAUCUGGAAGAACCAGAUAUUACGCCCUUAUUUGAUAAUGUAGAAGAGAAUGUAGAUGAGAGUGAUGAAUCAGUUAAUAUGCACAUAUUUGAUAAUGUGGAAGAAGAACCAUCUAAUACUUUCACACUUGAUGAUGUAGAAGAAAAUGUGGAAAAACCUUCUAAUACUUCUACACUUGAUAAUGAAGAAGAGAAUGUGGAAAAACCUUCUAGUACUUCUACACUUGAUAAUGAAGAAGAGAAUGUAGAAGAAAGUGAUGAACCAGCAACUACGCCCCUAUUUGAUAAUGUAGAAGAAGUGGAAGAACCAUUUACUACUCCCAUAUUUAAUAAUGAAGAAGAGAAUGUAGAAGAAAGUGAUGAACCAGCAACUACGCCCCUAUUUGAUAAUGUAGAAGAAGUGGAAGAACCAUUUACUACUCCCAUAUUUAAUAAUGAAGAAGAGAAUGUAGAAGAAAGUGAUGAACCAGAAACUACGCCUCUAUUUGAUAAUGUAGAAGAAAAUGCAGAAGUGGAAGAACCAGUUACUACAUCCAUAUUUGAUAAUUUAGAAGAUUUGGAACAAGUUGAAGAACCAGUUACUACUUCCCUAUUCGAUAAUUCAGAAGAGAAUUUCGAAAAUGAUGAAUCAGCCACUACAUCCGUAUUUGAUAAUGAAGAAGGGAACAUGGAAAAUGAUGAACCAGUUACCUCAUCAAUAUUUGAUAACGUGGAAGAGAAUGUAGAAGAUGUAGAAGAAUCAGUUACUACUUCCACACUUGAUAAUGAUGAAGUUAAUGUAGAAGAUAUGGAAGAACCAGCUAUUAGUUCCAUGUUUGACAAUGCAGAAGAGAAUGUAGAAGAGAGUGAUGAAUCAGUUACUACAUCCAUAUUUGAUAACGUGGAAGAAGAACCAUCUAAUACUUCCAUACUUGAUAAUGAAGAAGAGAAUGUAGAAAAUGAUGAACCAGUUACUUCAUCCUUAUUUGAUAACGUAGAAGAAAAUGUACAAGUGGAAGAACCUGUUAAUAGUGUGCUUGAUAAUAUGCUAGAAACUAUGAAUGAACCUGAUAAAUUAGCUAUUCCCAUAUCCGAUGAAGUAGAAGUAGAAGAAGCAAGUGAAAAUGAUGAUACAGUAACACCCAUUUUCGAUAAUGUAGAAAACAUGGAAGAACCUGUUACUAGUUCUCUCGUUCAUAAUUCAUGGGAGAAUGUAGAUGCAGUUGAGGAACCGCUAGAGGAAGUUGUAGAAGAAAUUACACAAGUUACUAAUGAAGUAGAAGAAGUGGAAGAAGAAAAAGCAGAACCUUUAGAAGAGUCUGCAGAGGAAGCAGCAGAUGAGAUAAUAGAAGAGGAAGAAGAAGAAAAAGCAGAACCUUUAGAAGAGUCUGCAGAGAAAUAUGUAGAGGAAGCUGUAGAAGUUGUUCAGGAAGCAGCAGAUGAGAUAAUAGAAGAGGAAAAAGAAAAAGUAGAAGAAUCUGUAGAGGAAGUUACAGAGGAAUAUGUAAAGGAAGCUGUAGAAGUUGUUCAGGAAGCUGCCGAUGAGAUAAUAGAAGAGGAAGAAGAAAAAGUAGAACCCUUAGAAGAGUCUGCAGAGGAAUAUGUAGAGGAAGCUGUAGAAGUUGUUCAGGAAGCUGCAGAUGAGGUAAUAGAAGAGGAAGAAGAAAAAGUAGAACCCUUAGAAGAGUCUGCAGAGGAAUAUGUAGAGGAAGCUGUAGAAGUUGUUCAGGAAGCUGCAGAUGAGGUAAUAGAAGAGGAAGAAGAAAAAGUAGAACCCUUAGAAGAGUCUGCAGAGGAAUAUGUAGAGGAAGCUGUAGAAGUUGUUCAGGAAGCUGCAGAUGAGGUAAUAGAAGAGGAAGAAGAAAAAGCAGAAGAAUCUAUAGAGGAUUUUCCAAAGGAAUACAUAGAGGAAGCUGUAGAAGUUGUGCAAGAAGCUGCAGAUGAGAUAAUAGAAGAGGAAGAAGAAAAAGCAGAACCCUUAGAAGAGUCUGCAGAGGAAUAUGUAGAGGAAGCUGUAGAAGUUGUGCAAGAAGCUGCAGAUGAGAUAAUAGAAGAGGAAGAAGAAAAAGCAGAAGAAUCUGUAGAGGAGGUUGCAGAAGAAAUACUAGUAGAAAAGGAAGAAUCCAAUGAAAAUACAUUAGAUGUUUUAGAAGAAAUAAAGGAAAUCAUAUCUAAGAAAUUAGACGUGGUUGAGGAAGUAAAUGAAAAUGUUUUAAAUAUUCCAGUAGAAUCUGCUAUGGAGAACGAAGUUACUGAUUACGCUGAAAGCGAAUUUUUUGAAGAAGGUAUAUUGAAUAAUUUAGAAGAAAAUAAAGAAUCAAAUGAAGAAAAACUAGAAUCUAUAGAAGAAUUAAAGAAUGAGUUAAUAGAAAAUAUAGAAGGAAAAGUUGAAGACCACGAAAAUGCUUUAAUAGAUUUGAUGCAGACCCUUGAAAAAGGAGCUGGAAUGAAUGAUAGCGUGUUAGAAGAUUUAGAAAAAAUAAAGGAUGAUAUGCUAAGUAAUAUACAAAGUACCGAAGUGAAAAAAGAAGGUAUAUUAGAAAAUUUUGAAGAAAGUGUAGAAAUACACCCAGAGGAGGUUACAGAAAAACAUUCAGUAGAAAAUGAAUCAGUAGAAAAUGAAGUAGUAGAAAAUGAAUCAGUAGAAAAUGAAGUAGUAAAAAAUGAAGUAGUAGAAAAUGAAGCAGUAGAAAAUGAAGCAGUAGAAAAUGAAAUAGUAUCAGAAAAUGUUUUUGACAUUUUAAAAGAAAUAAAAGAAAAUGUAUUAGAAAGCCUGGAAGAUAGAACAGAUGAAAAUGUAGCAGAAAGUGUAGAUGAAAAUUCGUUUGAGGUUUUAAAAGAACUGCAGGAAAGCCUAUUAGAAAACUUUGAACAGAAAACAGAAGAGAACGAAAAUUUAUUAGGAACUGUUUUGGAGAAUAUACAAGAAUCGACAGAAUCAAGUGAAGAUGUGAUGGAAAACAUAAUGGAGGAAUUAAAGGAAGAAACUGUCGAAGAGGCUGUAUCUGAACCAGUUGUAGAAACAGCCGAAGAGUCUGAAGAGGAAGCUGUAGAACAAUUCGAAGAAGGAGCUGUUGAAGAAUCAAUGGAAAAAUCUUCUGAAAAAAUUAUUGAACAUGUUACAGAUGUAAUAGUAGAAGAACCAGUAGAAAAAUCUGCUGAAGAAAUUAUUGAACAUGUUGCAGAUGUAAUAGCUGAAGAACCAGUAGAAAAAUCUGCUGAAGAAAUUAUUGAACAUGUUGCAGAUGUAAUAGUAGAAGAAUCAGUAGAAAAAUCUGCUGAAGAAAUUAUUGAACAUGUUGCAGAUGUAAUAGCUGAAGAAUCUGUAGAAGAAGUUGUUGAAGAAAUUUUAGAACACGUUGAAAAACCAAUAGCAGAAGAACACGUAGAGGAAACUAUUGAAGAUAAUUUAGAGGAAAUUUCAGAAGAAUUUAUGCUAAAAAAUGUUGAAAGUAUUGUAGAAGAAUCUAUGCUAAAAGAUGUUGAAAGUGUUGUAGAAGAAUCUAUACUAAAAGAUGUUGAAAGUGUUGUAGAAGAAUCUAUACUAAAAGAUGUUGAAAGUGUUGUAGAAGAAUCUAUACUAAAAGAUGUUGAAAGUGUUGUAGAAGAAUCUAUACUAAAAGAUGUUGAAAGUAUUGUAGAAGAAUCUAUGGAAUCUACCGAAAAAAAUAUUGAAGCUAUGGAAGAGGCCAUCGAUAACAUUAGAGAAGAUGUUGCAGAUAUGUCAUUAGAAGAAACCGUUGAGGAUAUUGUGACAGAAAAUCUUGAAAAUGCUGAACAAGAAUCAGCACACGAAUCUGUAGAAGAAACUAUUGAAGAUAUUAUAGUACCACCAGAAGAAGACAGUUCAGAAGCAUCAGUAGAAACCGUUGUAGAGCAAUCCGUUGAGGAUAACUAUGUAGGAAGGAUGGAAUCUAAUAUAUAUAAUGAUGUAGAUUCUACAAAAGAGGAAUACGAAGAAAGUGUAGAAGAGUCACUAGAUGUAGAUGCACAGGAAGCAAUCCAGGAAGUAGCAGAAGAUAUAGCAGCAAUAGAAAGUAAGAAAGAAAGUGAAGUGGAAGUAGCAGAAGAUAUAGUAGCAAAAGAAAGUGAAGAAGAUAGCGAAGGAGAGAAUGAAGAAGAAGAUGGAGAGGAAAGUGAAGAAGAAAGCGAAGAAAUCGAUCCAGACUUUUUAAAUUUGGAUGAAUUUAAAAAACAGUUUCUCUUACACAGGCCUGAUAAUGCAGAAUUAGAUGAAGAAGAAAUAAAAAAAGUAACAGCGGAUUUACAGAAAAAAUUAUUAUCCAUGUUAUCUGGAAAUAUGGAAGAUGAUGAAGAUGAUGAAGAUGAUGAAGAAGAUGAUGAUGAUGAUGAUGAUGAAAGUAUAGAGGAGGAUGUUAGAGUAGAAGAAGUAGAAGAUGAAGAAAAAGAAGAGGAUGUAAAAGUAGAGAAAGCAGUAGAUAUGGACGUGCUGGAUGCAACGGAAGUUUCAACUGAAGAGUUAAAACAUGAAACUGUUUAUACUGUGGAAGAACCUGCAGAGGAAGUUUUAUCAGAAGAAGCAACGGAAGUUUCAACUGAUGUGUUAGAACAUGAAUCUGUUGAUGCUGUGGAAGAAUCUAUGGAGGAGGAAGCUAAGGGAGAUAUAAUAGAAGAACCUUUAUAUACGGUUCAAGAGCCAGUAGAAGUACAUAUAGAACAAUCUCAAGAGGAAGGUGGAGAGGAAAGUGGAGAAGAAAAAGUAGAAGAAAGCGGAGAAGAAAGUGGAGAAGAAAACGGAGAAGAAAGUGGAGAAGAAAACGAAGAAAUCGAAGAAAUCGAAGAAAUCGAAGAAAUCGAAGAAAUCGAUCCAGACUUUUUAAAUUUGGAUGAAAUUAAAAAACAAUUUCAGUUACACAGGCCUGAUAAUGCAGAAUUAGAUGAAGAAGAAAUAAAAAAAGUAACUGCGGAUUUACAAAAAAAAUUAUUAUCCAUGUUAUCGGGUAAUAUGGAAGAUGAUGAAGAUGAUGAAGAAGAUGAAGAAGAUGAUGAUGAGGAUGAUAAUGAAAGUAUAGUGGAGGAUGUUAGAGUAGAAGAAGUAGAAGAUGAAGAAAAAGAAGAGGAUAUAAAAGUGGAGAAAGCAGUAGAUAUGGACGAGUUGGAUGCAACGGAAGUUUCAACUGCAGAGAUAGAGCAUGAAACAGUCGAUGCAGUGGAAGAAGUUGCAGAGGAAGUUUUAUCAGAAGAGGCAACAGAAGUUUCAACUGAAGUGUUAAAACAUGAAACUGUUGAUACUGUGGAAGAACCUACAGAGGAAGUGUUAUCAGAGGAUGCAGAAGAAAUCAUAAAAGAUGGAAUGGGGGUGAUAGAAGAACAUAUAAAGAAGACACUUGAAAUUGUGCAAGAGUCAGUGGAGAAAGUUGUAGAAGAGGAGGAAAAAGUAGAACCUGUAGAUGAAGUAAAGGGAGACAUAGUAGACGAAUCCCAAUAUCCACUGCAAGAGCCAGUAAAAUUACAUAUAGAACAAUCUGAAGAGGAAUGUGGAGUGGAGGGUGAAGAGGAAAGUGAAGAGGAAAGCGAAGAGGAAAGCGAAGAAAAAGAUAAUUCAUCAGAUAUGUUAUCCGGAAGUGCAGAAUCGGAGGAUGAAGAAUCGGAUGAAUUAAAUUUAGACUUACAGAAAAAUAUAUUAGAUAUGUUUUCCAAAAAUCUAGGGCUUAACGAAAAUAUGUUAGGAAAGUUAAAGGGUGUUGAAAGCUUGAAUGCUAGUAUACCAAAUAUAUUAGGAAAGACAAAAGGUAUACCUCAAUCAGAAAUAGAAGCGAUGAAGAAUAUUUUCGCAGGUAGGCUCCAUGGUCAUAUGCCUAAAGGAGUGCCAUUAAUGAAAAUGCAAGAACAAUUAAAGGCGCCUAUGGCACCAAAGAAGAAAGAAGAAAGUGUGUCCAAGGAUAAGCAUUCUGAAAAAAAAUCGUUAAGUAAAUUAUUAAAAUUAGAGGAAAAAAAACCUAUACUUAAAGCAGUAGGAAAGAACAUAGCAAAUAUGUUAUUAGUAACAAAGGAUAUAUUAUCUUCUCCCGAAAAAAUUAAAGAAACAGCAUUGAAAUUUUCUGAUAAAAUUAGAUUAAGCCUUGAAAUAAUUAAAACACAUUUAACAACAGUUAAAAAUUUCCUACUGAGAGUAGAUGAAGAAGUUGAUAAAGAAAUUACUAAACUAAUGGAACCAGAAGAGAGAGGUCAUGAAAAUAUUAUUAAGGCUAAUGAAAGAUUUUUGGAUAAAAUGAAAAGAUUAGUAAAUAAAUAUAAAAUAUUUUCUAUACCAUUUUUCUCUGGAAUGGGUGCAUUUGGCUUUUUGGCAUUUGGAGCAGUUACUACAUCUAUAUUAUCAUCCUGCCUAACUAUAUUUUCAGUAACGUAUCUUUUAUCCAAAAUAGACAUGAAAUUCAAUAAAGAUAAAAACAGAAAAUUUUAUUCCUUUUAUGUAGAUGCUUUUAAUAACUUAUCAUACCUGAGAAGAUAUUUUGAAAAUGUUUAUAACAACUUCCCGAUAUGGGACGAUAUAUAA